UCGCGGUAUUCAGGCGGCCAUUUUGAUUUUCAAAACGAGAACUCGUUUUUUAGAAGAACAAUAUGGCUUUUUCGUUUGGGACGCCAGCAUCAUCUACCAGUGCCUUCAGUGGAUUUGGUACUCCAGCUAGUACCACAUCAACGGGUUUGUUUGGCGCGACUGUUCCAACUACUUCGUCUACUGGGUUUUCAUUUGGUAGUUUGGGUGCAUCGGCUUUUGGAGCUAAAACAACAGCUUCAAGCACUUUUGGUACUAGUACAGCUUUUGGUGCAACAACCUCAGCUCCCUCCUUUGGCUCUACCUUUGGUACUGGAUUAACUACUGGUUUUGGUACUGGAACCAACACUACAGGUUUUGGGACCACUAGUGGACUAACACUUGGCCAACAACCAAUUACUGCGGGCAUUGGUCAAUCUCUAGCACAAGGCAUACAGCCAUCUCUUUCUCCUAUGGUUYUUAUGAACUUAGCUUUAUCUAAUCCUCAAAUACAUGGCGAUGAAAGAGAUGGGAUUAUUGCAAAACUGAACCAGCUCCAAGCAUACUGGGGUGCAGGAAAAGGAUACUAYAAUCAACAAGGAGGAGCUGUUGAUUUUACUCCUGAAAACCCUUACUGCAGGUUCAAGGUUGUAGGGUACAGUCGGUUACCAUCAGCCAGUAAUGACGAUGGUUUCGUAGGCAUUCAAAUCAAGAAGAAAGARCAAGAAGUCUAUCAGCAGCAGCAGAGUCUUGUCAGUGAGCUGCAAAAGUGUUUUGGUAACAAGCCUUCAAUUAUGGUUUGUGUUGAUGGACUUAAACCUUUACCAGAUGACAGUACGGAGGUGGUUUUCAAAGUGGUUGAGCGAGCAGAUAAUGGCACAACUAGGACAUAUAAUUCCAAUGAUGUGUAUAUAUACCUUAACCAAGCAASUGUAAAGACCCAACUUCAAAAUUUGGGAGUCACRAAUAUUACUGCAAAGACAAGCAUGUCUCCUGAACUGUUGCAGCAGUAUCUUAACACACCGCCUGCAGGCAUAGAUUCUCUACUUUGGGAACAAGCCAAGAAAGAUAAUCCCGACCCUGAAAGGUUGAUACCAGUACCCAUAACAGGAUUCAGUGAACUAAAAAAGAGACUACAGUUUCAAGAUCAAGAAACAGCACAGCACCAGAAACGACUAUCAAUUAUCAGUGAAGAGAUUGCCACACUACAGUGUAAUCAUGCCACAACAAUGGCCAAACUUGCACAGUUUAAGAGAAAGCACUUGGAACUGAGCCAUCGUGUAUUGGAGGUAAUGGUUAAACAAGAAUCUAUUCGCAAGGCUGGUUAUUCUGUACAGGCAGACGAGGAACAGCUGAGAGUACAUUUUGAAUCUCUUCAAGCUGAACUUAAUGCUCCUCUCCAGUUCAAGGCAAGGCUGAACGAACUGUUGUCACAAAUUCGACUUCAGCAAAGUCAAGGUGUUGGACAAGACCGMGGAGAUGGCAGAUAUACCAUGGACCCCUCACUACAGAAUGAACUCAAACAGCACCURGCUCAGCAGCAAGARGGAGUCAUGCAUCUCAUCAGUAUUAUUAAAGAAGAUGUUGAAGACCUGAAGACUAUUGAACAGGGACUUACAGAGAGCUUGGUUGUACGGUGACGGCUGGAAUAGCGUGAAGACGUAAGGAAACGUGAAAAUGAAGCUAAACAACAUACCCUUUUGAUGACAUUAAGCGUAAAUAAGAACCGAAAUGAUAAAGGUUACUGAAAUCAAGCAUAACGCUAAAAUUCUAGAACGUUCGCCUUGAUAAUGAAUACUUUGAUAUUAUGUGACUUGGGGGCUGGAAUGAAGAGAGGUUCAUUAGCAGGAAGAUGAAAACAAAAAGURUGGCCAAGUUCGCUAGUAGGACUUCUGAGCAUGACUAAGGUUCCUUGGUCAUUUUGCACUCUUGUUUCGACUUUUAGGUUUCAAUACUUCAGGUGGAUCACUGAUGAAUGUAGAAAAAGGUUARUUGUUCGCCAUUGAUCUCAGGGGCGGAUUCAGGAUUUUUAAAACGGGAUUAACUGUUACAGGGUACCUCGAGUAUUGCAACGAAGAACGAACGCGGCAAUGCCACAGGAAACCCAGARUAGGCGGGGAAAUGAUAGAAAUUGAUGGACAUUAAAUUUGAGAGCUUUAAGCAAACAUUGUGAAAAUUUAUUCGUAUAAGUGUUUACAGUUAAGUAAGGUACGUAUUGGGGGAGGGAGAGCUGGGUUCUAGAGGGGAGAGUCGUCAUGAUAGAGGGCCGAACCUUUCUUAUUUAGUAAAAGGGCGAUGGCUCGAUGGCUACAACCAUUAUAAUAAAGUUAACUUCAUGAU